GUUUGGAACCCAUACUUCAUGAAAGAUUUAGUUUGGGUGGACGAAUUUUGAGGAACUUCCGACUGAAUCUGGGUGGCGCAUAAGCAUCAUGUGGCGUAUUAGGUCACUGCUUCUUGUCGUGUUCUUGGCGUCAUCGAGGUGUCAGAGCAAUUCAGAUUUGAGCAAGCUGGAGAGCAAGAUGCAGGAUAUGGAAGAGAAGUUGUCUGCGGUGUCGGGGAAGCUGACUGAGGCUGAAGGUCAUCUGAAUCUGCUGACUGGCCAGAUGAUGAUGCAACAACUCGCUCACGAGGAGAAGAUAAGAACCGACGGUGGCUCUGGGCUAAAGCAAAACCGAGUCGGCCAUAUCGGAACGCGUCCUUAUCACGCUGAGUCCCAUACUGGAGGCAGGUAUGCGUCCAUCCACAACCACAACAACCACAUCCGAACCAUCGGCAUGGGGGAAGUCGUGGCAGUCCUCAACGGCGUCGAGUUUAAGACAAGGCACAAUGACUUCCAACUGAAGAUGCCUGUGACGAAUGACACAACCUUUAAGGCUGUCGAGGACAUCCCCUACCCUGAAGUCCCCCCAGAGGUACUGAACAAGGCGACACUGGAUGAGCAGAUCAUCGAACUACGUAGAUGGUUCAAGGCAUGGAGCGCCUCUUACUAUAGAAAGAGAGAUUACAGAAAGUACUUCAAGGCCAAUGUUUGCUUCAUGGAAGGUUUCUGGACCCUCCCGGAUGGUUCCGGUAAGGUUGACGAACCCUUUGACAGCGAGCGCCACGCCAUCGACGCCGCAUCCUGGCAUGAAUUGCUCCAAAAGAUCAGAUUUAGUGCUUACACCGGGAGGAAAGACGCUGGAGAGAACUAUGCUUUCUUACCGACCAAGAUUGUUGAUGUCAUCAAUGGCUCCAUUCCUGUUUACGCCCAGUGGAACUACAGGAUAGUAUGCCACCCGAUCAGUCGUCAUAUUCCCCUCAAUGCCUUCCGUGUUAUCGAUGACAUCAACGCCAGAAAGAGGAAUGGCCAAACCAUGAGUGACUUUGCUAUGACAAGAGCUGCAAGGUUUCAGCUGAACCCCAGAGGUAGAAGCAACUGGAAGGAGGGGACUCACCGCCGUGACAUUAUGGAUUCGAUAAUGGAAGAAGUUCCCGGCCUCAACAACGGAGGAGCCAGCCUUGUGGAUGAUGCCUUUGGGUACCAGGCCGUCCCGAUCGGAGCUAGGUCCAACGACCCGGAUGGAAAACCAUUGAAUGUCGCUUAUUACCACCGAUACUUUUCCGAAUUCAAGAAGGGAGCUAUGGGAGGAACCGCAAGGAAACGCGGUUAUUCAGACCUCGAGGUCUUUAUGGCCAUGACGACACAACCACGUGUGGCUUCAUCCAAAACUACGCUAUGCAAGAGAAAGAAUUGCAAAGAAUACGAACAACGCUGGUCCUAUGCCAUCCCCCUGGAGAUCGUUUACACCACACCUCUUAAUAGCUGGAACCCUUUCGACAUCCCGUACAGAGGCCCGUCAAGACAAGACAAGAUUUCGGCGGCGAACAAGAGAAACGGCGGCUUCACUGUAGACACGGCUUUCAACGGGUCUAACAGCGCGCGGUUCUAUCACACGCCAGUAGAAUUCUUCAAAGGGGAUGAGGUUUCUGAAGGUGAUCAAGCCGACACUGCCCUUGACCGUCUUGGACUUCUUGAUAGCAAUGGUACCGUCCGCGCAGUCAAGUCGUCAGGUCUCCGUAUUCAUAUCCCAGAUAUAGAGGGCGUGGGUAUGCUCCGUCAAAGAUGGCCGGUCGCACCCGUUCAUGGUGAGGGCAGCGCUGUCUGGAAGGAGUUAGACGCACUGAAGGACAUAACCAUGGCUUACAAAGACAACUGUGGUCUGUUCUAUGAGAAGGAUGCAUGUCCCGUGGUACCUACCCCUACUAGCGGCACCAACGCCUAGAAUUGCAGUUGAUGCUCCUGAUGUCGCGUUAACAAGCAGUGUUUCCGUAUUAAUGUUUAACCACAUGUAGUCUGCGGCUAGAAUAAAAUGUUGCUUUCUUUA